GGGCGGGCGGGGUGUGGGGGUCCAGGGGACCCCGAGGAUGCUGCUGACGGCAGGAUGGUGUUCGAGUCCAUCGUGAUCGACGUGCUGAACCGCUUCCUGGGCGAUUACGUGGUGAACCUGGACAGCUCGCAGCUGACAAUAGGAAUAUGGGGAGGAAAUGCAGUACUCACAAACCUCGAAGUUAAAGAAAAUGCAUUGAGUGAGUUGGAUGUACCAUUCAAAGUAAAAGCUGGGCAUAUUGCCAAACUUCAACUGAAGAUUCCAUGGAAUAAUCUCUAUAAUCAACCGGUAGAUGCUAUACUUGACGGAGUUUAUUUGCUUGUGGUUCCUAGUGCCAGUAUAACAUAUGAUGCAGAGAAAGAAAGACGGCAGCUUCACGAACUCAAACAAAGGGAAUUAAAGAGAAUUGAAGAAGCAAAGCAAAAGGUUGCUGACAAAGGGAAACCAAAAGAAGAAAAGCAAGACACGUUUGUUGAAAAGUUGGUUACUCAGGUUAUUAAGAAUUUGCAGGUUCAAAUUACCAACAUCCAUAUUCGUUAUGAAGAUAACAUCACAAAUGAAAACUGUCCACUAUCGUUUGGAGUGUCACUUCAGAAUCUGAGUCUGCAGACAACAGACGUGAUUCCAUGCCUAGUUGAUGACUGUUCACACCUUGUCCAUAAGCUUAUCCGAUUGGACAGCCUCUGUGCCUACUGGAAUGUCAACACAGUGAUGUAUUCCAAACACAAUUCAAAAGAGGCCUUGAAAUACAUGAAGGAUGGAGUUGCAACUGGAGACUUUGUUCCAGAGAACUAUCAGUUCAUUUUUCGGCCAAUAUCUGCCAGAGCUAAAUUGGAGAUGAAUCCCAGAGGAGACAUUGACUUUACUUCACCAAAAACUAACUUGGAAGUAAAACUACAAGAUAUCGCCAUGGAACUCAAAAGACCUCAGUACGUCAGUAUCAUGGAACUGCUUGGAUCUGUCGAUAUGAUGUCACGAAAUCUGCCAUAUAGGAAAUAUAAACCAAAUGUUCCUUGUCACAAUAAUGCAGGAAAAUGGUGGAAAUAUGCUAUCAAUGGUAUUUUGGAAGAAGAUGUAAAGCCUGUCUUUGAAUCAUGGUCUUGGAAACACAUUCAAAAGCACAGGCAGAAAAUAAAGAGAUAUAAGGGAUGUUACAAAACAAAGAUUACAACAAUGAAACCAGAUGAUGACCUUGUGCAAGAAAUUGAUGAACUUGAAGAGGACCUUGAUUUGUUUAACAUUACACUGGCAAGACAACAAGCAGAAAUGGAGGCGAUGAAAGCGGGUUUUAAGAUUUACAGACCAGGUGUAGCUGUUGAAGACGAAAAAGGUGGAGGAUGGUUCGAUUGGAUGUGGAAUUGGGGAGGAGCAAAAGAUGAGAAACUACAAGAAACAAAAACAGGAAUCAGUGAAUUAAUGACACCUGAAGAGAAAUCCAAACUCUAUGCAGCAAUUGGAUACAGUGAAGCUGCAGUGGACCCGACUGUGCCAAAAAGAUAUGAAGCAUUGAAAAUCUAUGUGAGCCUACAAAGCAUGUCCUUUUCCAUUAAAGAAGAAAAAUUGGCGCCAACAAUUAUGAAAAUUGUUGUAAUGGAUUUAAGCACAGUGCUGACCCAGAGACCAGGAGCACAAGCAAUCAAGUUAGAAGCACAGAUAAACACAUUUGAAGUGACAGGACUACUUCAGAAUAGUUAUACACCAUGUUUACUCUCUUCACGGAAUGUUGCAGCUGAGAGUGAAGGCCCUCUGCUCAAAAUCAUGUUUGAGACCAAUCCGUUAGAUGAAAAUGCUGAUCAGCGGCUAAGGGUGGGAUCACAGCCACUAGAAAUCGUGUAUGAUGCACGAUCUGUGAACAGUUUGGUGGGGUUCUUUCAAACUCCCAGAAAUGUUGAAUUGGAACAGCUGACAUCAGCUACUUUGAUGAAGCUUGAGGAAUUCCGUGACAGAACUGCCACAGGGUUGAUGUACAUUAUUGAGACACAGAAAGUGAUCGACUUUAAAAUAAACCUCAUGUCUUCCUACGUAAUUGUUCCACAGAAUGGCCUUUUUGAUAAUUCUUCCAGCCUACUGAUUUUAGAUCUUGGUCAUUUAAAGAUGAUGAGUAGAAGUCGUACAAAUCUUCCACAACUUACAAUUGGAGAGAGUGCUUUGGAAGAUAUAAUGGCCAGAGCCUAUGAUACGUUCGACAUGCAACUGAGUAGCAUUCAGCUACUCUAUGCUAAACCACAUGAGAACUGGAAGGAAGCUCGCAAAACAAAGCGUUCUUCUCUGCACAUCUUGGAGCCCAUGGAUUUGAAACUAGAGUUCAGCAGAGCAAUGGUGAUUUCCGAUGCAAGAAUGCCAAAAUUUAAACUCUAUGGUGGAUUUUCUUUACUUUCAUUUUGUAUCUCGGAUGAAAAAUUUACAGCGGUUUUAAGCUUAAUUGACAGUAUUCCUACACCAGAAAAGCAACCAUCACCAACUGUAAAAACACUUCAGGUUCACAAAUCGCCUCCUAAUAUGACACCUCGGUCUGUACAGAGGGCAUCAAUACGAAAUGUGUACUCUUCUCUUAUAAGUGUUGCAGCUUCCAUAGAAUCAGAAGAAGAAUUCUUUGAUGCUCCAAGCUCACCUACAGAAGAUUCGCCAUUUUUCCUUGCAAGAAAUGAGUCAUUCAAAAGGGUAAACACUAUGCAACAAAAGCAGCUGAAAAAACAAGAAUCUAUGAAAAAUAUGACUGAAUUUCAAAUGGAAUUCGAAAUAACGAAGGUGUCAGUAGGAAUCUGUCGUCACAUGCAUGAUGGUGAAAACCCAGUGUUACUGUUGGAAAUAACAGGAUUGGGCACAGAACUAAAAAUUCGAACAUAUGACAUGACUGCAGUGAUAUUUUUGAAAGAGGUCUGUUUAACAUGUCCGGAACACAUAGAUACUGAAAAUAAACCAAUUUAUAUUAUCACAACAUUGGACAACUUUGAGGAUGAUCUCCUUAGCAUUGAAUAUACUAAGGCUGACAGAAAUGGACCAGAGUUCAAAACCACUUACAGAAAUACAGAGCAGCUAAUAAAGAUCAACUUUUCCUCAUUGGAUGCACAUUUGCACACUGAAGCCCUUCUGAGUUCCAUUAAUUUCCUGAAUUCACUUGUUCCGUCUUCGAAAAUCAAGGCAGGUUUGGAAGAACCAGUUCGUACUAUUGAGGAAUCAAAGAAAGAAGACACUCUUCCAAGUAAAACGACACUUUCCAAACCAGCUAAAUUUGAAGAUGUGAUCAAUCUUCAUGUAUUCGCAGAGUUGGCUUGUCUGAGAAUUUUUAUCCAAAAUAAAAUGAGAAUAAUUUCAGAAAUCAGCAUCGAAGGUCUUGAUGCAGAGGUGAUUCAGAAGAAGAAGGUGACAGAAGUGGUAGCAAUUCUGAAAAAUAUUGUAGCUGUGGAUUCAGAUGAACGUGCUCUAUAUAGAAAGGCUGUAUCAAUUACUGGGAAAGAGGUGUUCAACUUUAAAAUGAUCUCUCAUGUGGAUGCAACACAAGGUGCUACCUACACUGAUAUGAAUGCCGUUGACAGUUAUAUCAAAUUGACAGUUGGCUGCAUUCAAGUUAUCUUUGUGAAGAAGUUUAUCUCUUCUGUUUUGGAUUUUAUCAAUAUUUUCCAAGCUGGAAAAGAAGCAGUUACUGAGGCAACUGUCCAUGCAGCAGAAAAGGCUGCUUCGGGGGUGAAGGAUCUUGCAGAGCGGAGCACCCGAAUGUCACUUGACGUUCAUAUCAAAGCACCUGUUGUUGUCAUACCACAGUCUCCAGUUUCCAAAAAUGUUGUUGUUGCAGAUUUUGGUCUCAUCACUGUUCAAAACAGCUUCUCAAUCGUUGAACUAAAAUCUGUCAUGAGUGUUCCACCUGUGGUUGACACUAUGAAAGUUAAGCUGAGUGAACUGAAACUAUACAGGACAGUAUUCCAUAAUAAGGCUUUUCGUUCUGAAGUUCAUAUGCUCCAGCCUGUAAAUCUGAUAGUCAUUAUAAAACGCAAUUUGGCUGCUACCUGGUACCAUGAGAUGCCUGAUAUUGAGAUCACCGGGAUCCUGAAACCCAUGAGUUUUGUGCUUAGCCAAGAAGAUCUGAUCAUUGUGUUGAAGACUUUAAAUGAAAAUCUGAGUGAUGACUCAAUUGAACCUGGAACUGCACAGCUUGAAAAAGUAGAUCGUCCUGUUAAGAUUACACAAAGUUUUUCACAAAACUCUGCAGGAAGAACUGUAGUAACAGCUGCUGUUGUGGAAACACAGAAACCCUUAAAAAUUAAAACACAGCUGAAAUUGGAUUUUCAGUUAGAUGAACUUUCAUUAGUGCUUGACAGCCAAGCCUUGGAUCCGAUGGCAAUUCCUGAACAAAAGCGAUCUGAACAGCACCAGAUAGCACAGUUCAAAUUGCACACUGUCUCUGCUUCUGUUAAGAUGAUAUCUGAUGGAUCCAUGAAUGCUGUUGUAAAACUUUCCAACUGUAUGUUGGACGAUAAGCGACAUGCAAUACAGAAAGCUAAGUCAAGAAUGCUGGAGAUGAAAAUGAGACCUGAAAAGCAAAUAAUGCUUGAGCUAAAGUACAAACAAGGACGAGAAGGCACAUUUAUGGAAACUAUUGUAGAUGAUGUCUAUCUUUGUGCAAGCAUGGAAUUUCUACUCACAGUGACUGAUUUUUUUCUGAAAGCAAAUGAGCAAAAGUCUACAGAGCAGAAAACAAAAACACCAGUCGCACCAGUAAAAGAUAAAGCGCCAGCACAGGCUACAUCCAAAUUUGAACUCACAAUUUACGUUAGGAAUCCAGAGAUUGUUUUUGUGGCAGAUUUAACCAGAGAAGAUGCUCCAGCAUUAGUGAUGACAGCGCAAUGUGAGGUUACUAUUAACAGUGAUCCUGAUGGUCAGCAAAUGACAGCAACUGUCAGAGACCUCAAAGUUCUGGCCUGUCCAUUCAUAAAGAAGAGGAAAAGUCAAACUGCUACGGUAUUACAGCCAUGUGAUUUGUUUUUCCAAAGCAAUCAAUAUGGUACUGGUGAAAAAAACAUGGAACUGGCAAUUAAAUUGCUAAUGCUAAAAGUAUCGCCUGUUAUUAUCAACACGGUGCUCACAAUUACAUCUGCUUUGAGUCGAGCUCCUGAGAGUCCACAUGAGAAAAAUAGUCAAAACCCUUCUGAUUUAUGGGAUGAAAAGAAUGUCAAAGAUUUAAAAUUUUGGUUUUUGCAAGAUGAUAAAGCUAACAAAAGUGAGAAUACCUUGACGUCACAAUUAGUACCAACAAGUGAGAACCUAAACGUGGUGAUAGAAUUCAUUUGUGUGACCCUUGAAGCGGGUGUUGGACACAGAACCAUUCCAAUGCUCCUGGCAAAGUCAGCUUUUAAGGGGACUCUAAAAAAUUGGAGUACCUUUAUUAACCUACAGUGCAACCUUACUUCAGAGGUACACUACUACAAUGAAGUGCUUGCAGUGUGGGAACCACUGCUGGAACCAUUGGAAGUUGAAAACAGUGAAUGCUUUAGACCAUGGGAACUUUGGAUAAAGAUAAAGAAGAAAGUUGUCAAACAACAGGCAAACACGGAAAAUGAGAAGGAACUGUUCAAUGUCCCAGAAUAUAAAACUGUCAUUAAUAUCUCUUCCAAAGACCAGCUCAACAUUACAUUGUCAAAAUGUGGUUUGAACAUGCUGAACAAUUUAGGCAUGGCAUUUGCUGAAGCAGCUAGCCAAACCGCUGAAGUAUUUCAGAAAGACCAAGCACCUUUUGCAGUGAAGAAUUCCCUAGGACUUCCUGUUACCAUUUCUCCUCAUGAUUUGCUUGUCUUCAUCAAUCAAGACUUUGGACAUGAGCCAUAUGAACUGACAAUUGGAGAGAAUCUCAGCAUGGAUUACCAGCCAACCACGAGUGAAAAGGAUCAACUUUUGAACCUGACCUGUGCAGAGGCCAAUAAGCUUUUUUACAUAUCACUAACUCCUCAGGGUCACUCUACUGCUGAACAGAUUCCACUAACAAAAUUAGGCCGUCGUAUGUACAAUAUUACAUACAAUGAGUCAACUGUUCAGCGAUGCAUUAUUUGCCAGAUUGAUGCAGAUCAAGGGAGCAAGAUAAUAACAAUCCGAUCUCCUCUUCAGGUAAAGAAUCACUUUACAGUACCUUUCAAUGUAUUUGAAAAUACAAAGUCUAACCUGAAUCUACUUGGUACAGUUCAGCCAAAGCAAGAGUUCAAUCUUCCUUUACCUUCUUACAGAUCAGAUCUUUGUUUCCAGCUAAUAACAAAAAGCGAAGAGGUGUAUGAUCCCUGUGAGAUGAUCACUUUUGAUCACAUAAAGAGAAAUACAAAUGCAAUGUUUUCUCGAGAAUGUCAACUAUCUGGAUCCAGUGAGCAGCUCUCACUAAUAAUCAACUUAGUUGCCAUGCGUGAUCAACUUACAUCUGAUUUUUCAGAUGCAAUUUCUGAUGAAGAAUGUGAUGCAUAUGUUCUCCAUCUUUGGCCACCUGCAAUUCUUCAAAACCUUUUGCCUUAUUCAGUCAAUGUUUCUGUAAAGUGGGAGGAACAUACAAAACAAACAGUGACACUGGAAGAGGGACAUUCUGCCCAGCUUCAUAAUGCUGAACUGGACAAAUCCAAGUUAGAACUACACAUUCUGAAUUAUUUUGAACAUAGCUGGGAAGGAGAGUACUACAUCAAAAGCAAUCAAAAAGACAUUGAAUUUGUUAAGUUCACUGCAGUUAUUGAUAAUGACAGAUUUGAUAUGGAUAUUGCAAUCCAUUUGACCUACAAUGUUGGACAUGUCAUGCUAGCAUUGUACAGCCCCUAUUGGAUGCUGAAUAAAACUGGACGGAUGCUUCAAUAUAAAGCUGAUGAUAUUCAUCAUAAACAUCCUUUGGACUACAACAAGCCACUUCUUUUUUCAUUCAGACCCAAAAACUUUUUCCAUAAGAACAAGGUUCAGCUUAGGAUAACUGACAGCAACUUAUCUGAUGAAUUCUCUCUGGACACUGUGGCUAGCUAUGGCUGUGUUAAAUGCAAAGGAAUGAAAAAGGAGUAUCAGGUUGGCGUAAAAAUAGAUACUACCAGCUUCAACCUAACCAGAAUCGCUACCUUUACACCAUUUUAUUUGUUGAUCAAUCAUACUAAAUACAGAAUAGAAGUAACUGAAGAGACAGAAGAAAACUGGUUUUGGAUUGAUUCAAAUCAGUGUGUUCCAUUUUGGCCCGACAAGGACUGCAAGAGAUUCCUAGUCCGAGUUGAAGGAUGCAGUGCAUCACCUAAAAAGGUUUACUUCAACAAACAAGAAAAUUAUGCAUUACUACGUCUGGACAACAAAUUUGGAGGCAUCAUAGUGGAUGUACACUUGGCAGAACAUUCAACAGUGAUCACUUUCUCAGAUUACCAUGAAGGAGCUGCUACAUUCCUCAUUAUUAACCACACAAGUACAGAAACCAUUGAAUAUCAUCAGAGUUGUUCAACAGAGAAAGCAACUGAACUGCCACCAGGUAAAGCAAUGUAUUACACUUGGGAAGAUCUAACAGGAUGCAGAACACUGAUCUGCAAAUUUGGAAAUUCUACAGAACAGCUGAGUGCCGUAGAGGAUAAAUUCUCAGUGUUUGACAGCAGUAAUGGGAACAUUUAUUUGACAUCAAUUUUCGAGGGUACUCAGCGAGUUGUUGUGUUUACGAAAGACGAGAAAAUAUUUAAAGUUACAAAGGAAAAUGAGAAAGCAGAGCUUGCAGCACAGGAAAUCAAUCUCUCAUUGCAGAAUCUAGGUCUCUCACUGGUCAAUAAUUCAAUAAGACAGGAAGUGGUCUAUAUUGGCAUAACAAGUUCUGACAUUGUUUGGGAGACCAAAAUCAAAGCUAAAUCCCGCUGGAAACCAACAAGCAUAAAACAGACAAGAGAAUUGGAGAAGGUUUUUAAGGAUUAUAAGGAUUCUGGCCCCCAAAACAACCAGAUUGUUGAAUCAUGUCAUGAUUUUCAGGCUCUUCUGACUCCGACCGGUUUGGAAAUGAGAUUAUUAAAACCUUAUGAAGCAGCACUGAGAAGAAGUUAUUUACCAGCUAUAAAAGUAGAAUAUGCAGUCUCAGCUCACCAGAAAUCUCUGAGGUUUCAGAUUUACAGGAUACAGAUUCAAAACCAGCUUGGUGGAGCCAUCUUUCCCUUUCCAUUUUGCCCCAUUAUCCCUCCUAAAUCUAUCAACAUGGAUUCAGCACCAAAACCUUUUGCCGAUGUCAGUAUUGUCACAAGGUUUGCAGGAGAGUCAAAAAUACCACGUUACAAGUAUUUCAUGGUUCUCAUUCAAGAAAUGGAUCUGAAGGUAGAUCUGGGUUUCCUUUUUGCUUUGAUGGAGCUCAUCAAUCAGCCAACAGAUGAUAUUUCUGGAGAGCAAAAGGUGGAAUUGUUCCAAAAGGACCUUGAAUGUAUUCAGAUGGAGCUAAUGGAUGAUUCCUUCACAGACACGUCACCAGUCAGUUUGUAUGAGUAUUUCCACAUUUCUCCCAUCAAAUUGCAUUUGAGUUUUUCUCUCAGUGCUGGAGGAGAAGAUCCCUCCAAAGAGCAAGGAAAAUCAGAAGUGAUGCCAUUACAGUCUGUGAACCUUUUGUUAAAAAGCAUUGGAGCAACUCUCACUGAUGCACAAGAUCUUGUCUUCAGGCUUGCUUGUUUUGAACUCAACAAUCAAUUUUACACAGCACAAGAACUUCAACAGGAGGUUGUCCGACAUUAUUCUAAACAGGCAAUCAAGCAGUUGUACGUGCUAUUUCUUGGACUAGAUGUCUUGGGCAAUCCUUAUGGAUUAAUCAGAGAUUUAUCAGAAGGUGUAACAGCUUUCUUCUAUGAACCUUAUCAGGGAGCAAUCCAAGGUCCUGAAGAAUUUGUGGAAGGAAUGGCAUUGGGUGUAAAAGCAUUGGUUGGAGGUGCUGUUGGAGGUUUUGCAGGUGCUGCAUCCAGAAUAACUGGUGCCAUGGCAAAAGGUGUUGCAGCAAUAACCAUGGAUGAGGAGUACCAACAGAGGCGUAGAGAGGCAAUGAACAAACAGCCAAGUGGCUUUACAGAAGGCAUUACCCGUGGAGGAAGAGGCUUGGUCUCGGGUUUUGUAAGUGGAAUCACUGGAAUAGUGACAAAACCUAUUGAAGGUGCUCAAAGGGAAGGUGCAGUCGGUUUCUUCAAAGGGAUGGGUAAGGGUUUGGUUGGAGCCAUAGCAAGACCGACUGGUGGCAUUAUAGACAUGGCCAAUAGUACUUUCCAAGGCAUAAAAAGAGCUACAGAAACAUCUGAAGAUGCUCAGAGCCUUCGACCCCCUAGAUUUAUUCAUGAAGACGGAGUCAUUAGACCAUAUAGGUUGAGAGAAGGAGUUGGCAGUCAAAUGUUGCAGAAAAUUGAAAAUGGCAGGUUUGCCAAGUACAAGUACUUCGCCCAUAAAAAGGUUAAUGAUUCAGAUUUGUUCAUGAUUACAAAAAGUGGUGUCUUUUUUGUAACAAAAGGAACAUUUGGGCAGUUAACCUGUGAGUGGCAGUACAGCUUUGAGGAAUUUACUAAGAAGCCUUUCAUUGUUUUGGAAAGAAGAUUGCGUAUUGAGGCCAAGGAGCGUGUCAAGUCUGUGUUUCACGCAAAAGAAUGUGGAAAAAUAGUCAAUUUCAGAUGUGGAAGUGACGCAAAGUGGGUUCUGGACAAGCUGGAAGAAGUGAGAAAUUGCCUUCCACAGAUAUAAAUGGUAUUGGAAAAUAUUACAAAUUCCAUAGAACUAUCAUGUGCACUAACUCACGUUAGACUUUGAUAAUAUAGAUGUUUGUACUUGUACAUACAAUAAUAUACACAAUGGUCUCAGAAUCCCUGGUCUGUUUUUGCCUGCAAAUUCUGAUUAAAAUGUAAGACCUACUGAUUAUUGAAUUAGUAAAGAAAUGUGAAAGUUGCGUCUCAUAUAUGAUUUUUGACCAAUGUGUGCAACUUUUAAUAUGUGAAUGAUCAUUACACGUCCUUUCUGUUUUUGUAUUAGAUUUGGUGUAAAAUGAAAUCUUGUAUUGAAUUGCUUCCUUUGAAUAAUAAUAAUAAUAGACAGUGUUUACUCCUCACGGCAAAAUAAUUUUUCAGUUCCACCUUUAAAGCCUUCACAAUGGAAAGUACCACUCUACCAAGUGCCACGCAAAUAAAUAUCUUUGAAGUGUCAAUGUUCACCAUUGAUCAAGUGAUGAUGAGUGACCUUUUUUUUACAUUAUCUUAUCUCUAAUGAUGCAACGUGAGACAUUCAGAAGUUUCACUUUUUCAAAGGGACAUUUUUGUUCUGUUUUUGUUUAUUUUUGAUUUCUUUCGAUGUAUUUAAGAGUUGAAAUAUUUUCUUUGAGAAGCAAGAUUUUCUUGUUUCUGAUCAGUGACCUGAACGUUCAGCUUAGUCCAGCGAUUUCCUAAUACAGGCAAAUAAACAAAUCUCUUUAGCAUUGAACGAUUCUGUUUCUGAUCAUGCAUUACUAGAUUUGCUUAUGCAUGACACAACACGUACUUGAUCAUUGUUCUAAGUAAAUUAAAAUCUUAUCUAUUCUAUAUGCCAAUAUGUCUAAAUGUCACUUUGUUUGAGAAUUUUAUCUGCAGUUAAGUAAGAAAACUUAUCGCACCAAAUUUCUGUGAAGGUCCAGUUAUUUCUAAAACAAUGUAUACAGGUAUACUUAAAAGCAAUUUUUGCUCUGAGUAUUCAGUGCACUAAAUUAGUACAUGUGGUAGCUUGUGCAAUAUCUUCAGUUUGAAAAAACUUAACUGCUGGAUAUUUCAAACUGUGUCAAGUCCUGUCGUGAAGUGCACUUGUUGCAGAAUCCAUCGCAAGUAUAUUCUGUUGUGAAUGUAAGCAUUCUCUAUCAUUCAGCAAAUUGAUGCAAUCUGCAUUUGCCCAUAACCGUAUUAAUGCCAAUGAAGUGUCACUUUCUUUGCCUUACCUGUUUUGUUAUAUAAAUAACCACACAUGCAACUAAUUAAUUUUAAUUAAUACAAAGCCAUCUCUUGUGUUCUUGUUCAUUAAUAGUGUUACAGGAACACAAAUUUAUUCACAAUGAUUAUGUUGAUCAAAAUAUAAUGUAAGUUUAGAUUAUGUAUGCAAAUAAGAAUUCAUAUUGUACUUUUCGGUUGAGAUACAUUGCAGAUAACUCCUAAAUCUUGUGUAGUAACUAAUUGGCAUUCACCCAGAAAACACACAGUUGCACCACUUUACAGUACAUCCCAUGAAGCACUUUUUGAGAUAUCUUGGCAACUUGAUAGGACGCUAUAUUAAAUGCAAAGAUUGUAAUAACUAGGCUCUUUUGCCUCCAAAUGUGCGGCUCAUUAAAUACAAUGGCAAUUUU